GAGGUGGUGGUAGCCCGGUGGUUUCCUAGGGCGGUAAUGAUUCGCGGUCCCCGCAGUCAGUGCCGCAUCCGAAUACAGAAAGGAGUAGCCUAAUAUAACAGUGCUACACACUUUGUAAUAUAUCAUUAUAUAUACGUAUUUUUCAAUAGCGAACGAGCGAAAAUAAAAAUCAGCCAAAAUGUUUAAAAGUCAUUUAGAUAUGAUAGGCAGGAACGAGCCUGUCUCCAAAAAAGCAAAAUUCUGGCAGUCCUAUGUCCGAUCUUUAAAAGGAUCUGACGAUAUUCGGGCACCAGAAAGCGCUCGUACACCACGUAGCAUUUUCCGGCCAUUGUCUGAAUUCCCUGAAUUACACUCAACAACAUGGCCCUAUGGAAAAUCCAUUUACGAUGAUCCAAUUCACGCUGCUGAACGCAUCAACGUCCCUGGUUACCGUUAUUUGCCAAUUCAUCGUGAAACUUAUGGCUACUCCCCACGGGCUAUUUACCCACAUCAAUAUAGCUCAUCAUACCGACCAAUCUAUCGUGUUCCACUACGUAACCGUUCACCUUUCGAAUCCGAGAAGGCAUGGCAAGAACAUUUGGAUCGUAUAAGUUUGAACCAUUACUAUCCAAGCCGUUAUCCAUUAUACUUAGUAUACCGUUCCCCACAUCCCGUUUCCAGCGCCUUAAGCGGCAAUUCAUACGAUCCAAAUCGUGCAUGGCAAGAUCAUCUUGAUAGACUUGCAGAAAUUGACAAGUUAUAUCCAUCACACGAACCCCUUUCAUGGAGACACCGUUCACCAACACCAAUUAAACCAAGUACUUUACUUCCACGAGCCAGUGAAAUUGCUUACAACUAUGCCGGUUUGCCAAUCUAUUCACGUGGUGGAUUACCAACAAAAUUAUGGGAUCUAUUAAACCCAUCACCACAUCUACCAAAAUCAGCUAUUACACGUGAUCCAUGGUGGUGGGAUUUACCAAGCUUAAAACCAUUUGACCCUACAUACGAUAGUUGGGGUAAAUCACCUUCCUUUUUGCGUGAUUCAUACUUGUCCCCAGUGAAGCGCACUUACUUAUGGGAUAAACAUCCCAUCCGACCCUUUGACGAGCCAAAAAUUCACGGCUGUGAAUAUGUUAGACUAGGACGUUAAACCGUUUAACUAGUCAACUAAAACACAUUCUUGUGCAACAAUUAGCACACACUGUCUAAUUUAAACGACGAAAAUAAUCGAAAAAAUAAAAACAUAAUUUACACAUACAAAUAUCACAUUAAAAUUCAAAAUUA